UGGGAGGGAGAUGAGAUCAUAGACAUCUGCGAGAUAAUGACUGAUGGGAGUUGAGAGCAGCAUAGCAUUAGGGCAGCUAGCAAAUCAAUAGCGUCUGCAGACGAAUAGGAUUUUUACAUUACAGUUCCAUUGCAGUCAGUGUAUAGCAUGUGAAAUUCUCUUGUUCAAGAUUACUUUUUUUUAGAUAUUUUUCUCUUUAUCUACUUUAUGGGUGCAGUGUAAAGGAUAUUUUGUUCUGGUUGCCGGUUUUUUAUUGUGCUCGUUUUUAAGUGAGACAGCAUCCACACUGCUUGAAGAAAGAUUACCAUGCUGGGCUUGGAUGUGUGUGAGUUUGGCAGCCAGCUCCUGGAACUUAUGUGGUUGACAGUAUGCUACAAAGAUAUUAUGGCAGACAAGGAUCCAGAGCUAUAUCCGGUAGAAGAGGAUGCCUUAGUUGACUCAAACUACAAAGCACCAGCACAGAAGACACUUAAAGAAAUUCAGCAGAUGGACAAUGAUGAUGAGAGUUUGAAUAAAUACAAACAAGCUCUUCUUGGCUGUGGGUCUCUGGACACAGAUCCCAGUACACCCAAUGUUCAAGUAACAAGGUUGACCUUGGUCUGUGCUGCUGCACCUGAGCCCAUUUCUAUGGAUCUAACAGGUGACCUGGUAGCUCUGAAGAAGAAGACCUUUGUGCUGAAGGAAGGUGUAGAAUACAGAUUGAAAAUUAACUUUAAAGUUAACAGGGAAAUUGUUUCAGGCUUAAAGUAUGUCCAUUAUACAUGCAAGGGCCGUUUGCAGGCGAGUAAGGACACCUAUAUGGCUGGCAGCUAUGGCCCUAGAGCAGAUGAGUACGAGUUUAUAAGUCCAAUUGAAGAAGCACCUAAAGGAAUGAUGGUGAGGGGCAUGUACACCAUGAAGUCCCAUAUCACAGAUGACGACAAAAGUGACCACCUGCACUGGGAGUGGAAGCUCAAUAUAAAGAAAGAUUGGAAGGACUAGGACCUGGCUCACUUUAAAAUGAGAUAGAAACCAGUAGUCAGAAGGAUUACUGUCCUUUGGUACCAAAGUUACUUUAAGGCUUUUUAAUUACUGUUCCUAAUUGUGUACAUCAUUAAAUGUGCAAAAGUAACUAUUUGUCUGCAAAACCUGUUGUUUUUAGUACAAGUGCUUUAGGUAGUUAUGUGUGUUCUGGUGUUUUUAUUGGUGAUAUGAAGAUCUAUAUCAAAACACUGACUAUUCAAAAUGGCUACAUGUAAACAUGGAUAUAAGAAAGAUUAAAUUGUUCUGAAUGGCUAAAAAUAUACUAUGUAAUCGCAUUCAAAAUGUGAGUAGAAAACAAGUGAAUAAUGUAUUGAGUAGAACAAUGGAUAUGCUGCUAAUCUUUGCAUUCAGUCACAUGAUCUAUAAUAUAUUCUGCUUCUUCAUAAAAUGUUAGCAGAUGUAAACCUGAAAUAAAAACAGAAAAUGCUGGAAGUGCACAGCAAGUUAAUUGGCAAAUAAAAAAAGGAAGACAUGUUAAUAUUUCAAAAGUAACACUUCAUCAGAACUGCAGGUAUAUACUGCCCUGAAUUCUCUUAUUUUUGGCUCCCAUGGGUUGAAUUUUACUUCCAUGUGAAAAACCAUCCGAAAUGUAGUUUAAAAAAAAAGGUUAGUAAUAUUUUAAACAUUAAAUGACGGAAACAAAUUUCUGGUCAUGUUGCAACACAAAUCAACUAAUCGACAUGAAUAGUCACUUUGAAAGUGUACAAUUAACACCUUUACCAUUAACUACAGUGAUUACACUUCAAAAGUACUUAUUGGCUGUAAAGCGCUUUGGGACAUCCUGAGGUUGUGAAAGGCGCUAUAUAAAUGCUUCUUUCUGUCUUUCUUUUCUUUCUUUAAGGUAUUCACAUUCAAAAUGUACUUUAUCACAUAAAAGCAUUAGUUCUGAAUGCAGAAAUAUUUGCUAAUGACAGACCAUUCUUCACACCUAGAAAUUUUAGUGAUUUGUACUUCACUUUUCUGUUACAUUCCAUUGAUUUUUGCUUAAGAUACAAACUCCGACAAACUGAAAUGUUAUUGCAUUGUUGUGAUAUUUUUUAUCUUUAAUUUUGCCUUCCACAAAGUCUAAUUCAUUCAGAUAGCUCUUUUGUGAUUAUAGUGGUGAAGGCAGCAUGUUAAAUAGUAUGAAAAUGUAUGUUAAAGUGCACAGGAAUGAACCAUGAUGGAACUAAUACAAUUCAUUUUCCAGCUUUCGCUUGUGUCCCUCUCUCUGAGAAUCAAGUAUGUUACUUACAAAUGCACAUUCCUGUUGACCUUUUUCAUUUCAGGGCUGUUUGUGGCAUUUUAGCAAGAUUCUGAAAAUGUAAUAAGGUCCGGGCCUGAAAAACAUAGGCCUCUUGCUAAUUACAGUUCAAGGUUUCGUUGUGUUAUCAAAACUUAUUUUGCUCAGUUACAUACAUGCUGUCUUCUUGUGAGGUUAUUAUUUUUCUGUGACCUGUAUCUAAUGGGAUGAUGCUUCAAAUAAAGAUUGGGCAUGAACAGGA